UAAGGUAAUAACAUACGAACAAAAGGUGUUCCAAUUUUGUUUUGGACACAAAACAAAACGGUAGAGUGAGCUUUGAAACAUAGCAGCAUUCACUUUUCACUAGAGAACAAACAAGGCCUUCUUCUCCACCUUUUCACAUUGUAUUGCAUCAUCACCAUCCAUUUCCAUUGUUAGCUCCUCUUAAUGGUUAUGGCAACUGUGGGAUCUGAACCUGCUUGUGCAAGAACGGUUCAUGAUGUUGCAUCUUCUUUCAGCUCUAAAUGGCAGCACUCUUCUACGGUUAAGAAGCAGCCACGUGCUCGAAUUCCUCAAUGUUCUCUCAGGAUUAGAGCUUGUAGUUCCAUGGCUAACAAAAAGGACAUCUACAACCAAGUGGGUCUGUUCCAAAAUGCUAUUUUUGUUGUGUUUAUUUUCUCUAAAAAGGAAAAUUGAAGAUGCAGUUCUUCGUGCUGAAAUGUUUGCAUCGACAGCCUUGGAAAUGGAAGAAGCAACGUGGAUUAAGCAGGAAGAAAUGGUACGUGAUUUUGAUAUGUGGGAUGAUCCAGCUAAGUCCAAUGACAUCCUUGUCAAGUUGGCAAACAGUGCCAAAGUGGUUGAUUCUCUAAAGGACUUGAAAUACAAGGUAGAGGAAGCAAAGCUGAUCAAUCAGUUGGCUGAGAUAAAUGCUAUUGAUUAUGGGCUUUAUAAACAAGCAUAUGAAACAUCAUUGGAUGUCAGCGAGAUUGUGGAUCAGUACGAGAUUUCUAAGCUUCUUAAAGGGCCUUUUGAUAUGGCAGGAGCAUGUUUGGUUAUAAAAGCUGGACCUAAGGGCAUGUAUCCAAAGCUCUGGGCAGAACAGAUCCUAAGCAUGUAUCUUAGAUGGGCCAAAAGACAAGGUUAUGAAGGAAGGAUUGUUGACAAGUGUCUGUACAAGAAUGGAGGAAUUAAUUCUGCGAUUAUAGAGUUUGAAUUUGAGUGUGCAUAUGGCUAUCUUUCAGGGGAAAAAGGAGUUCACUACUUGAUAAGAGGUUCUCCAAAUGAAUCUUCUCAGCUUGAGGCUAGCUCAGCAACUGUAGAUGUUAUUCCCAUGUUUCUUGAGAGUGCUUGUGAUCUUGAAAUUGAUUCUGAGGAUUUGAUUAUCUCAUCUCCCUUGAUUCAUGGGAAAAACAAGAGACAAACUGAUCAUACAGUUUGCAUUCAACAUAUACCUACUGGCAUAAGUGUCCAAUCCUAUGGUGAGAGAAGCCACUUUGCAAAUAAGAUGAAAGCACUAAACAGACUGAAAGCUAAACUUUUAGUGACAACAAAGGAACAAGGAGUUGCAAGUAUAAAAAGUAUACAGAAGGAAAACAUUGUCAAUUUAUGGCAAGAAGAAAUUCGGAGGUAUGUCUCUCAUCCGCACAAGUUAGUACAUGAUGUAAAGACAGGCGUUGAGGUGCCAGACCUAAAUUAUGUUCUGGAGGGGAAUAUUGGACCCCUUAUUGCAGCUCAUAUUAAUAGCAGAGUCAUGUCAUAAGGCCAGACUCCAUGUUCCUUAGGCCACCAUGUUCUCAUUUUGCAAUUGUUUAGCAAGAUAGACUUAGUAUUUUCACCUUUUCAAUCCUGCAAAAUUCUCAGGGCUUACUUCAAUCCCUUGAUUUCAUGAGCAAAAAAAAAACAAAAAAGAGUAUCAAUUCAUCAAUUUUUGCCUGUAUAGAUAGAUAUGUUGGUGAGUUGAAUGCCAACAGCAUUAUAUUCUAAACAUUUUUUUUAUUUGCUUUGGCAUCAAACUCUGCCAAUGUUUCUUCAUAGUCGAUCCCUAGCCCUGGUUAAGGAGGAGGGUUGUUUAGGCCCUCGGCAACCAACGUAAAACUCACAGUUAUACCUAUCAUGGAUCAUUCAUGAGAGAUUUUUGCAAAUGCUAGGCCGUUACCAAAAAGUAACAUGUUGUAUCACCUGAAUAUAGUGUCAAAUGAGCAAGGACUGCUACAUCGGUGCUCGGAUGUAGUGUGAAAUGAGCAAGGGUCCUCUAAUUUUUCUGGAUGAAUAUGGGCAAAGAAGUUCAGAUGAUCAGAUUUGCUACUUGGAAUAUUGGUAUUAUGACAGGUAAGUCUAUGGAAGGGGUGGCUUCGGAGAAGGAUUAACAUUAUGUGCCUACAAGAGACUAAAUGGGUUGUAGAAUAAGCGAAGGUGAUGGAUACCACUGGUUUUAAGCUAUAGUACACGAAGAGGAAAAAAUGAAGUAGGUACUAGGUAUUAUGGUGGACAAGGUUUGGAAAGAAAGCAUGGUGGAUGCAAAAACAAUAGGAGACAAAAUCUUAGCCAUAAAAUUAAUGAGAGCAUAGGAAAAGUUUUGGGAAGACGUAGAGGGGUUGGUUCAAGGCAUUCCACAAUAGAAGAGGAUUUUCUUAUGUGAGGAUCUAAAUGGACAUGUUGGUAGUCAGAAAAGGCAUUUUACAAAUGCACAUGGUUUUGGAGAUCUAAAUGAGAAAGGAUAGACUAUUUUUUACUUCUCCA